AUGACUUGUAAGCCUUGCAAUAGAACAUUUUCUGAGUACUAUCGCUUGAAAUACCAUAUAAGGAGCGUACAUUUCAAUUUAAAACCGAGAAUAGUUGAUAGAGAAAGUAUGGAAAUCGACCAGACUUGGUACGAAAGCGUAGCAAACACGGAUUCUAUAGUCCAAAUCAAGAAGGUAGCUGACAAUAUGAUGAUCAUGCAAAAAUAUAACGGCGACCAACCUGUUAAACUGCUUGAAAGAAACCAAGUUUUAGACCUAACGGCCUCAUUUCCAACGUACACAUCGAAAAAGAAGAUCAAAUGCACGGUUUGCAAGCAUAUGAUGCUGAAAAGAGAUUUGAAACUGCACUACGAAGAACGGCAUACACAUAAUAUUAAACACGAAUGCACUAAAUGCAAGGCCACCUUCAAAAGAUCUUAUUUUUAUGCCCGUCAUAAAUGUCCUAUAGACACAGUUAAGACCGAACCCACAUAA